AUGAUCUGGAAACCUCUUUUUGUGGCAAGCCUCAUUGGGCUCGGCGUGGCGCAGUUCCCUCCGAAGCCAGAAGGAGUUACAAGAUUGAAAUCCAAGUUCCACGAGAAUGUGACCCUCUCUUUCAAAGAGCCUGGAAUCUGUGAAACGACACCUGGAGUCAAAUCAUAUUCAGGAUACGUUCAUUUGCCGGAGGGGCUUCUGGAUGAUGGUAGCGGCGGCGAGAAGCAAGACUACCCAAUAAAUACCUUUUUCUGGUUCUUUGAGUCUCGUAAAGACCCCAUUAAUGCACCCUUGGCAAUUUGGCUCAAUGGCGGCCCAGGUGGCUCAUCAUUGAUGGGGUUGCUCGAAGAGAAUGGCCCAUGUUUUAUCGGUCCGGACUCGAAGUCCACGUACUUGAAUCCUUCGAGCUGGAACAAUGAAGUCAAUAUCUUGUAUAUUGAUCAGCCGAAUCAAGUGGGCUUCUCGUACGACAUUGCUACCAAUGGCACUUCCAUCGCAGGUGGACCCGACGCCUAUUAUCAGUUCGAGACCAUCCCGUGGAACUCAACUGAUCAAGCACCUGAAGCGAAUCUCACCUCACGUCAUGGAACAUUUGCGAGCCAGAAACCCCUCAACACUGCCAAUACAACAGCGCUAGCGGCCCAUGCUCUCUGGCACUUCGCACAAACAUGGUUUUUUGAGUUCCCGUACUACAAGCCCCACGACAAUCGGAUCAGCCUUUGGGCUGAGAGCUAUGGAGGUCACUAUGGUCCUGGCUUCUUUGGCUUCUUUCAGCAACAGAAUGACAAGAUUGCCAAUGGCAGUAUCAACGAGAAAGACGCUCACUAUCUUCACUUAGAUACUCUUGGCAUUGUCAAUGGCCUCAUCGAUGUCGCCGUCCAAGGUGAAUCCUUGAUUACGUACCCUUUCAACAAUAGCUAUGGCGUACAAAUCUUCAACCAGUCCCUGCAUGACGAGCUCUUGUACAACUGGACACGGCCCGAUGGCUGCAGAGACCAGGUCAAAGCUUGCCAAGACUCAAUGGAAGGACACGGGCCUGUUUUCCUCAGCCUCGAAGACAAGAAUCUAAGCCAAAUCUGUAGCGACAUGGACCCAGGUUGCCAAGGCCUCGGAGCUGCCAACCUCUACCAGGAGUCCAUUCCGGGUGCUGGUUGGUAUGAUGUUACACAUCCCAAGAACGACCCGUUCCCACCUCCCUACAUGUUUGGCUACCUCACAGAAGAGUCAGUGCUUGCAGCAUUGGGUGUGCCAGUCAACUUUUCAGAAACUUCAGGAGCUGUACAACAGACCUUCCAAGGCACCUUUGACAUCAUUCAUGGCGGCUUUCUCCAGUCCAUCGGAUAUCUUCUGGACUCAGGCGUGAAGGUGCAUAUGAUGUAUGGCGACCGUGACUACCCGUGCAACUGGGUCGGAGGAGAAGCUGCCAGUCUUGCGGUGCCAUAUUCGAAGGCAGAUGACUUCGCCGGUGCGGGAUAUGCUCCCCUCGUCACACCUGGAGGAGUUCAGGGAAUGACGAGGCAAUUCGGUAACUUCAGCUUCACCAGGGUGUUCCAAGCAGGCCAUGAGGUUCCUUCGUAUCAGCCUGUGGCAGCUUAUGAGAUAUUCAAGCGCGCCACAUUUGGAUUGGAUGUACCGACUGGGCUGAUCCGGACGGACGAUGAGUUCGCAACGAUUGGCCCCAAAGACAUAUGGUUUAUCAAGGGGGUGCCGCCAGUUGCACCUGAGCCGAAGUGUUAUAUCCUUUCCCCUUCAACGUGCGUUUUAGAUGUUUGGAAAAAGGUUUAUGCGGGCGCAGUCACAGUCAAAGACUGGUUCGUCGUUGAGGAGGCCGAUGAAAGCGGCGUCGAGCAAUCGGGAGUCAACGGCGGCCAGCAGUAUCUGUCGGUGGAACAUACAUACUGUGUACAAGGCACAUCCGUGACAUUCUUUGAGCUGAACGUCCUCCCGCCGAUGAAGGCUACGGGGCCAAGACCGUCCGAAGAAACGGUGCUGCCCAAAGAGGCUAGAGAAGCCAAGGAUCAUGGGACAGUAUCACAGGCACCUCCCUCUUACGGCACACGCGCCGGCGGGCCAUCGACUCAUCGACUCAUGUGA